AUGGCUGGUACUGUCAAAAUCUACAAUGAUGGCCAUCCGUGUGACAUGGGCCCGGAAUUGGACCUCGACAAACUGCUAGAACUAAUGCAAAAGAACUGCUCGUGUCAGGAGAUCAGCUUGCACAGCCGUUUCUUCAACGUGUUGAGUGAUGUGAAGGUGUACGCGGAGUGUUCGGACUUCCCGAUUAAGCACGAGUUCAUCGUGCAGGUCUUCUACAUGUUCAUCUUCAGUUUCUUGGUGCUGGCGUCGGUCGGGGGCAAUUUGACUGUUGCGUGGUGAGUUUAUGUGCUGCGAGCAAAACUUUUUUUUAACGAGGUGGAAAGGCCGAUUUUUUGGAGCUACGACUAUUUGGGAACGACAGUUCGGAUCGACGAUAUAUAGUUUCAAAAAACAUUUUUCGGGCCUUCGAUUAACCUCAUACAAUGUUUUUUUUGUAUAUUGUCGGCUGUCCUACGCCUCGUAUCGAUCGAUUUUAUGUUGACCGGAACUAUCGCUGACCCGAAAAGUUGGGGCGCUUUUUCGGUAUAAAAAAGGGAUAGUUAAAAGUCCAUUUUAGUUCAAAGUUGGCAAGAUGCCCCCUGGUGUCGUUACAACAAAAUUUUACACCGUUUUUCCAUUUUGUUGUGCUGCAAUUUUUUCUUUUUGCUGUACGCUGUAGUAAGCUCAAUUUUCCGGGCUUCUGCAGCCCUCGCUUUGCAUCUGAACCACCAUACUCAUAGGCCUCUUGCAAUCUCAUCCUCCCUUCAUUUUCAGGAUCGUCCUUCGACAUGAGCGAAUGCGAACAGUCACCAACUACUACCUUUUCAAUCUUGCCAUCUCCGACUUAACGAUCACAAUCCUUAAUACCGGCUUCUCAAGCGUCUACAACCUCUACUACAACUGGUUCUUCCCCGAUUGGUAUUGCGCGUUCAACAACUUGAUGGCGAUAACGCCAAUCUGCGCGUCGGUGUUCAGCAUGAUUGUCAUGUCGAUUGAUCGCUACAUGGCGAUCGUCUAUCCGCUGAAACGGAGGCCUGGCAAGAAGGCGACGUUGACGAUAAUUUGCGGGAUCUGGUGUUUGGCCUUUCUCUUCGGCAUGCCCGCGUUCCUCUUCAGCAAAAUGGAGUACCAUAUUUUCUUGAACGAUUACGACAAGACGGUAAUAAAGGACAGUCUGUGCUUGGCGGACAAGUUUCCGGAUGGAGAUGUCAAAACGAGCAAGCUGUUCAAUCUGUAGGUCGUUGCCUUUGGAGGAAUGAGAUAAGGCUUUGUCAAGUUUUUCGUUUUUCUAUGGGCUUAUGACAUAAUCGAUCUUAUGGUAGUGCUCAAGGCGUUGCAUGUAUUCUUUUAUCUCCUUCAAAAAGCCUGUCUCAAGUCUGAAAAUCAGCUAGCGCCUUAUACAAAACACGGAGGGCGGGCAGCGAAAAAACUUCCUUAUGGCCGUAUCUUCCCUAGUUUCGUUGAUUAUUAAGUCUUUGUAGGAACCUUACCCUCUAUGAUAAAAAAAAUAGAAAAGGAACUUUGCUAUGCGUUAGAGAAGACACUGGGAUUUGUCGUAUCUUUUGCACAAAACCUUGUGAUUCUCAAAAAAGUGUUGAUUGCUUCUAACAGAAUGUUAAUUUUUUAUCCUAACAAUUCUCCAAAUAUGCAUCCAGUUGCUUGCAUCUUUCUCACCCAAAAAUCUUGGUUGUAUCUGUAAAAAUCGGGCUAUUAAACCUCCCUUGUUCCGUAGACAAUGUUACUCUGGCCUGGGCAAAACUUCCCCAAAUCCAAGCGCCGAUUUCUCAUCAAUCACCAACUGACUUUAACCCUUUGAAUUAAAUUACUUUCAGCUACAACCACUCAAUAAUUGUGAUGCAAUACGUCAUCCCACUCCUGAUCCUCAGCUUUACGUACGGUCGCGUGGUCUACGUGCUUCGACAAAACACCACCAUCGGCGACACGCGCAACGCGGAGAGUGUGCGGACCAAGCGUAAAGCCGCAAAUAUGUUGGCCUUAGUGGUGGUUACGUUCGUACUCAUGUGGUUGCCUUACAACGUCUACUUUUUGUUCCUAACGCAGGAGUUGGAGACGGUCCUCAGCUUCCAAGCAACGUUAUAUGUCUACUUGAAUAUUUAUUUUUUGGGAAUGUCAUCGUGCGCGUUGAACCCGAUCAUCUAUUACUUUAUGAACGAACGGUAGGCCAGGUUGAUCUACCUUGAACGCGGUAUCGAUCUGUCGGGAAAAUUAUGAGCAAUAUCGCUGCGCCGAUCCACGUCACUGAAGUGGAAAGCAAUUUAACUUUGCCGCGACACAAUUCAUUUUCUCGGUGGCUAUGAAAUUUUUCCGCGACAGAGCUCAUUAUUUUCCCGACAGACUGAUAUAACUGACCCAUAGAGAAAUUUAGCCGGUAUUUUCGCUUGUAGUCAUCGGUCCGAAAUUUUUGGUAAAAUAAAAAGCCGGGUGUUUAUUUACUUUGUACUGCCAGAGAAAUUACUCCAAGUGCUAUGCUCAGAACUUGAUGAAGCUUGAUACAAAGCUGAUAUUUAAAUAAUUUUUUCUCAGACCUGCGAGAUUCCUAGCUCGCGCUUUACAGAACGAACGAGAUUUUUAUGUCGAAAAUUGGGAAAAAUGUGACAACUUUUUGCAAAUUUUCGCAUAAAAGGUUUUGUUAGCAAGAUCGCUGAAUAUCUCGGUUGUCUCAAAAAGCGCAAGCUAAAAUUCUCAAGAAUUUAUAUAUGGCACAUGUCGAAACUGUGUGCAAAAUUUGAAGAGAAUCUGAGCGUCGCACUUCGGGUACCUCUUUCUUGAUCGUUUUGUAAUCAUCCGGGCUAGGGGUGCGGUUUCUUUGGGUAUUCUGAGGUCGAAAUUUCCGAAGUCAUGUUUUCCCCGCACUGACCAACAAUACCACGUAUCUCUGACAUUAUGAAAUUUUCAGAUUUCGUCUGGGCUUUCGCUACGCCUUCCGCUGGCUGCCGUGGGUCAAAGUGAAGAGAGAGGAGUACGAGAGCGUGUUUAUGAGUGACUCGCGGGCGUCCCAUCUGCAUCCCCGUCACUCCAAUGCCCACAACAUUGUCUAUUCCACUUCGUUGACGCAGAAGUCGGGCCAAUGUUCACCGGUCCCGUUAUAG